AUGUACAAAAUCUUUGUUCUUCUCUCCAUCGUGACAAUUCUUGCGGAAUCGAGCCUUGCUGCUCCUCUCGAGGCUCGGCGUGGUCGAGGCGGUAAAGGCAGAGGCAAGGGAGCUGCUCAAGCAAAUUCCGCGACCGGAAAUUUGGUCCAGUGCACCAGCUUUGAUCAGUCUGCUGCAGCGUUCAGCAACGGGGAUGGUCCUGACGUCAAAUUACCCCCUUGCUCUACAAUCAUCGCCCCGAAAGUACCAUUCUCUUGCACGAAUAUUCAAGCUGUUGCAAACGCGUUUGGAACCGCUCUCUGCAACACCAUCGGCAAUGCCAGUGGCGCUCAGACUGUCGCAACUCCCCCUGAGGCUGCCCCAGCACCUCCAGCAGAAGCUGCUGCAGGAGCCACAGCGGGGGCUAAAGGAGCGACGCAGAACACAGCUCCGGUUACCAAGGGCGGCGCUGCUCCGACCAAAUCUACAACUCAAAGCGCCAGUCAAGACAAUCGUCCAAUUCGGGACAACACUUCGCCUCCCAGCAUCACAAUCGGAAAUCUCGUUCAGUGUACCAGCUUUGAUCAAUCUGCUGCAGCAUUUAGUAGCCCAGAUGGUCCUGAUCUCGGGAUCUCUCAGUGCUCGAGUAUAAAGGCUCCGAAAGUGCCUUUCAAUUGCACCAACAUUCAAGCUGUCGCCAACGCAUUUGGCACGACUCUCUGCAACACUAUCGCGGCUGCCGCGGCUCUGGACGCUCCCGGUGUUGCAACCCCGAUUCCUUGCACUGACUCGACAGACGGACUGGACAACAAGAUUCUGCCCGAUAUUGGGCUACCGCAGUGCAAGACCGUUGUUGCGCCUCAGAUACCUUUUAGUUGCACGACCAGCGAAUUGGCGGAUCUGUUGGGCCUACCUUCUUGCAACGAUGCAGGCAAGGCAUCAACACCCGCGACGCGAUAA